UGUCUUUCUCAGACAAUUCAGUCUCAGUCUUCACGGCAACUCAGACCCCAGCUCCAGCAUCUGCAUUCUGAAGUAAGAAUGGCUGAUAUGGACAGAAUGCUUCAUUCUGGAGGGAAACAAUGUUCCAGGUUGAGCUGAGUCGCCAAACACAGACCCUCUCUGUGGUUCUAGAAGAAAUCUUGACAAGUCCUAUCAUGUGGUUUUUCUACGCCUUGAUUCCAUGUUUACUCAUAGCCCGUCUAAAUGCCUCAAUCCCAGAUGGAGUGGCUGUCCUGCCUGCCCCUCAGAACCUCUCUGUACAAUCAACCAACAUGAAGCAUCUCUUGACAUGGAGCCCAGUGAUGGUGCCUGGAGAAAUAAUAUACUAUUUUGUUGAGUACCAGGGGGAGUAUGAAAGCCUGUACAUGAGCCACAUCUGGAUUCCCAGCAGCUGGUGCUCACCCACUGAAGGUCCUGCAUGUGACAUCACUGAUGACAUCACUGCCACCGUGCCAUACAACCUCCGUGUCAGGGCCACCUUAGGCUCACAGACCUCAGCCUGGAGCACUCUGCAGCAUCCCUUUAAUCGAAACUCAACCAUCCUCACCCCACCCGUGAUGGAGGUCACCAAGGAUGGCUUCCACCUGGUUAUUAAGCUGGAAGACCUGGGACCCCAAUUUGAGUUCCUUGUGGCUUACUGGAGGAGGGAGCCUGAUGCCAAGGAACAUGUCAAAGUGGUGAGGAGCAGGGGCAUUCCGGUGCACCUGGAAACCAUGGAACCAGGUGCUGCAUAUUGUGUGAAAGUCCGGACGUUUGUGAAGGCCAUUGGGAGGCACAGCCCUUUCAGCCAGGCAGAGUGUGUCAAGGUGCAAGUUACCGCCCAGAUCCCUUCUGUGCUGUUCUCUUCCGGCACCUCCCCCUCAUCCUGCCGGGGUCCUGGCACUCUGCCCUCCUCCUGGCAGCUGCGCCAAGGAGAGACCCUCCCUCUGGCACUGGCCCUGUUUGCAUUUUUUGGCUUCACGCUGAUGCUUGUGGUUAUGCCCCUUUCCGUCUGGAAAAUGGGCCGGCUACUCCGGUACUCCUGUUGCCCCGUGGUGGUCCUCCCUGACACCUUGAAAAUAACCAAUUCACCCCAGAAGUUAAUCAGCUGCAGAAAGGAAGAGGUGGAAGCCUGUGCCACAGCUGUGCUGUCUUCUGAGGAGCCUUUCAGGUCCUGGAUCUAGCAGGCUGGGAGAGGGCCCAAUUGAAACUGAGAAUCCAGUUGGCACGGCACAGAAGCUGUGAGGGGAAAGACCCAGUAUCUGUUUUCCUCCAUGGACAAAGGACAAGAAAACAAGAAGAGCCUGCUGUGUCCAUGUCUAGAAGCAACUGUCAGAGGCAGAGUGGUUUGGUGGACAGAGUGCUGAGUUGGGGGGGGUCAGGAGAUGUGACCUCUAGAACUAGGUUGCUCUGCCAUUCACCGACUGAAUGACCCUGGAGAAAGUGGCUUGGUUUCUUUGGUCUUCAGUUUUCUCAUCUAUGAAAUAGGAGAAUUAAACCAUACAACUGUUAAACCACACACACACACACACACACACACACACACACACACACAGCUUUUGCAGAGCUUUGGGAAACUGGCAGCACUGUAUAUUGUUAUUAGUUCAACUUCUCUGCAGAGCAGUAUAUAAAUUGUAACAAGAAUGAUAAAAACUCUUUCCACCAGUUGGCUUGGAGACCCCACUUCCCUAGAGUAAACCUUGAUGAGGAAAGGAAGGAUGGGUAUGAAGUGUUGACUUCACUUUGACCCAAAAUGCCUGUGCGGAGGCAAAUGGCUCAGCCAGCUCUACAAUACAUGACCUAGAAGGAGGCCACAGGCUCAUGGAAGAUGGGACAUGCUGUGCAUACAUAAGAUAUUGUAAAGGGGAAAUAAUGUGUGCACACUCAAGGCAGCAGGUAACAUGUAUGUGUAUGAGGAGAGGAGAAUGCAGAAGGAUGUCAAUAAUAAACGUGGUAUUUGCUGUGUUCCUUUUACCUCAGCAUUGUUAAAGUAUAGAAUGAAAAAUAAAAAGGGGUCACCUUCGGUAAGCUUUUUGGUUUCUUCCAAAAAAGUGGUUUUUAGUUACAUCAUCAACCAUAUGUCCAAUGAGGCUCCUGAAGGCCACCAUUGGUCAGGAGUUAUUGGGUGACCCCAGGUAGGGGAUGGGGAAGGGAAAGAGUGGCAGGCAGAUUCCUGAGAACCCUGACCAAUGCAGUAGUCAAAGCCUCACCUGGUCAGAGUGCCCCUGGAUCUUCCUAGAGGCCUUUGGGUACCUCUCCUCUUUAAGACAGCUCACUCAGGGUGUCCUCAGUCCCUUCUAGCAUGUUCAUCCAGGAUCCACCUCUGGAAGCCUCUUCCCACCCCUCUCCCUACCAGGUGAGGAAGAGUCAGGGUUGGAGAGAGAAAUUUCUUGAGAAGUGAAGGGAUUGAUGGGCAAGGCCUUUGCCUCCAUUUUUUAGACCCCAGCCUUGGAGACUCUGAGUUGGUUUGUCUCCACCAACUUCCUGGACCCCUUCCAGCCAGCCCAGAGCUGGGGACAAUCUAACUUCUUCAACCAUGUGUUUCUCCUACAAGAUUUGGGUCUUCACCCCCCUCCCUACCCAGUGGGGCCUCAAGGAGCCAGAUGGUGUGGACUCUCUAGGAGGAUGAUAUUGCUGAAAAUCUUUUCCUUUGUACCAUUUUGUAUGCUUCUGUGUUGUUCGACUCUUUUAUGAAGAGUAUAUGUUAAUUUUAUAUUUAGCCUGAACUGGAAACAUUUUCAGUUUGCAAAAAUAAAGGCCAUGCUACUAUACUGGU